UCUGAGCAUGAAAGCUCUGAAGCUCUGAAGCUGGUAGUUGCUAGAAAGUUACGAGAGAAGAAGGAAGCAGCGCCAUAGUGGUCUGAUUCUGAAUGUGUCUGUGAAAACGUGCGCCCAUCACAACAAUGUCUUCCAUGGUGUACGUAAGAAGCUUCGAGAGAGACACGAUGCCCCAGACAGUACCUUCAGCAGGCUUCAGUCCUCCCUGCGAUUACACCAACUUCGCAGCAGACAGCUUCGACCUGUCGCUGCUGCCCUCUGACAGCGAAGUGCCGUACUCACCCACGAACCUGCAGCAGCUGAUGUCCUUGUACUGUGACCCCACAGGAUCUCCUCCGCCCAUGUUCCCGGAAUUUUUGGACGACCUGCAGGUCCUGAAGACGAUGAGCCAGCACAGCAAGUCAAAUAGUCCCGAACAGUUUCCGUAUCAGCAGCAACCAGUCAAGGAAGAGCCCUUGUACCUCCUACAUCAGGAGUAUCCAGCCCCGCCACAAUCAUCGCAGCCUUCAUCCCCUGCGGGGUCCACUGCUUCAUCCACAUCAUACACCAACAACCCUUCUCCAUAUCAGCAUUGUCCCUCUCCCUCAUCAACCCACACCAUCAUCAAACAUGAACAGACAAUAGACCUGCAGGAGAUUCUCCAGGAAUCCAGACUCCUUCAGGAGUCCCUUGGCACUGGCAGUCAAAUAGUCAAGAAAGAGCCCCAGAAAAUGUCACACGAGUGCGUUAUGUCCAACACUGCAGCCUCUGGACAAAGCUCAAACCUCGUCAAAGCCCCUGAGAAGGCGAGCGCUGAGAGAAAGCCUGGAGACCACCAGCUACUCCGGGAGGUCCUUAGGGACAUGAGCUUUCAGAGGAAGUAUAACCUUAAGCCCUUUGACUUCGAUGGAUUGGCCGCAUCGGGCUUCCUUGCGGGCACAGAUGUGAGGGUCAAAAUGGAGUCGGAGGAGGCUGGGGCAUCGUGCAGUGUCGCGAAAGGCGAGGAGGGUUCAACCCUGAUGAAUAUCGAGCCCGUACUGUCACUCGCGAUCGAGCAGAUCAGGGAGGACAUCAGCAACACCUGCAAUGUGCUGGGCAUCGCCUCGGAUUUGGCACAGUGGACAGUGGAUGAUGUCAAGGCAUGGCUCCUAUGGACGCUACGCCAGUACAGUCUGCCAAUGAUACAAAUGGAAUACUUCAAUAUGGAUGGUGUGGCAUUCUCAGUCCUCUCAGAAGAGGAAUUCCAGAAGAGAGCACCUGAAUGCGGCAGUACACUCUAUGCUCGCCUGGAAAUUUGGAAGGCAGCUUGUACAGAAGUGGAAUCGCAGCCAGAAAUGAGUAGCCAAGCCCAAUGGAAUAGCAGCAACAAUUCAAGUGGGUCAAGUGGUGAGGUGUCUGAAGAGGAAGAAGAGGAGGAACCAGAACCUAUGACCAGUACCAGCAGUGUGGGCAAGGUCCCUUCCAGCCGCUCUGGAGGUACUGGAGGCUCACACAUACACCUGUGGCAGUUCCUCAAAGAGCUACUGUCCUCACCCCAGCUCCAUGGCUCCUGUAUCCGCUGGCUGGACCGCAGCAAGGGUGUUUUCAAGAUAGAGGACUCAGUCCGUGUGGCACGACUGUGGGGUAAACGAAAGAACAGGCCAGCCAUGAAUUAUGACAAACUGUCUCGAUCAAUUCGUCAGUACUACAAGAAGGGCAUCAUGAAAAAGACAGAGAGGUCACAGAGAUUGGUAUAUCAGUUCUGCCACCCAUACUGCCUGUAGGGAGGUAUGAUAAGUCAUGAGUUUGUUUCUGUAUCAUCUCUUCAGUUGGGAGUAAAUGGGGAUAUAUUUAUGGGGUUCUAUUUAUGUUCACAUAGUAGCAGGUCUACUAUUGUAGUACACAUUGUUUGCAUUUAGAUGAGAUAUAGUUGCAGUUAACAAUAGAGUAAGUUACAUUAAUAGGUUCUUCUCGUGCACUGUUGCAGUUAGCAAGGUCGUCACGAUGAAGUUCAGUUAUGCAUAGGAUAAGUUUCAUUUAAGUUUUACUUUAUUGUUUUAACUUCUGCCAGACUCUGUGUGUUGACAGACAGAUAUGAAAACAUCUUAAGUCUGCUCAAACCAGAUAUGGUGGGAGAUCAGUGUAAUGCCAGUGGCAAGAUGAUAUUUAUGUCCCUGAUAGGCUGGACCUUCAGAUUCGAAAUUGUGGAGACAUAAAAUAUGGAUAUAAUAUAUUGUAAUUUAUUUUUAAUAUGUUAUAGCAUUUAGAGGUGUCCAGACAGCUAGCAAAGUGGAAGGUAAUUUCCACACAGCUGGCAUCUGAGAUGGUAUGAUACUCAUAGAUAUUAAGUAGAUCUUGAUGUCUUGUGUGCAUUGAAUAACUUGCCGGGAAGUAUGCACUGUAUCAUAUUGUCCUAUUCCAAAGUUCUACCUAUGAGAUGAUUUUGAUGUACUGUUGCCACUAGGAUUUGUUUCAGUGCUCGGCUAUGUUGGGUCCUUAUGGAUCUGGCACUGCCUCUGAAGCUUGAACCUAAUUUAAGUAGCCAGAAACAACCACUGUUAUCUAAGAAUGGUAGAAUUUAAGUAAAUUUGGAAGUGGGCAUUGUGGUACUUGAGUCAUGCAGAAAACCGGUGAUUUUUGGUCCCAUAUAUCUAUGAUAUAUUCUCUCAAGUAAGUUCUAUGAACAAAACUACCUGAAUAGUUUAGUGGCAUUAAUACAUGUUUAUUUACUUUUAAGAUUAGUAGUAUUAAUAACAGUUUUCUUGUGAAAUUUGCAUGAAUAAUAUUGAAUUUUGUAUUUUUACAUACUGCAAACAAAUAAUUGCUUUGUGUGGGACAUACAGAAUUACUGCUUUGUUGCCCUUAAUUCUAACACAUCAAAUAAUGGUAACCCAUCAUCAUAUGCUAGUGGUGGUUAGCACUCCUUUUUGUAUUCAGGAGACCCCAGGUUCAAAUCUAGGCUCGGAGAAUGGCUGUCCUGGCUGAGUUUUUCUCGUGGUUUUUUGCAGCCCCUCCAGCCAACUGCCAGUGUAGUACCAUAAAUUAAACCACAGCUGUUUCCUUCCAUAUUUUUUACGAUCCAUUAUUCAUUAAUAAAUUGAUUUAAUUAAUUUGAUGUUAUGUAAUCUUAGCAAUUGAAAGCAUCAUUAACUAAACCAACAAUAAUUAAACAAGAUGCUUAAUGGUGCCAUAUUUGUUUGCUAGCAUUCCCCAGUCAGUGCGCUCUGUAGACCGGUCUUUUUCUUCUGUGGGAGAGAAUGCUCACUCCCCCCCCCCCCACACACAACCCACAAUUAUCUCUGACAUUUUAUUUUAUCUCCACUAUAACCAUCACGUGUCAUAACCUUAACAGACAUAUUGUGAUUUGAAAGGUGAUGUCUGUAUUAUUGAAAUCUUCUGUAUAUAAUUUAGAGGCUUGUAGGAUGAAAUUACAAGAGUAUUUUAGUUUCUGAAACAUAAAAUGUUGGAUCACCGAACUGUCAGUGCCUUUAGAAAUUAUGUUAUGCCUGUGUUUAUAUAUUGAUCCUGAUUGUAUCACUCAUCAUUGCCCAUUUCAUGCUAGAAUUCCAUCAUAAUAAAUAUCAGGUUUAAAUAGGAUCAAUCUUGAGUUAUUGAAUUUAAUAUUGAAUCAAAUUUUGUCUAAGACAUCUUUCAGGGUACGUCAGGCAACUUUACAAAAGAAAAGUCCUAUAUGUUCAACAGGACCCCUGGUAUGGUGAUUUGGUUCAAAUCAUGUAUUGAAAAUGGAACCUAUUAACUUUCUAAUGAUGCUGUAGCUAUACCACAAUCUAAUGAUAACCCAUCCACAAGGAUGUUUACUCAUUUCCCUGAUGUUGAGGUUUAAUACAUAUGUCAAAGUUUGUGCUUUAUGAACUACACCUUACAACAGGUCUAGCAUUCAAAUUCAGACUCUGUGAUCAUUGUCAAUUAUUUCACUGCUUUUCUUCUGUGCUUGUUGAUAACCAUGUGUGACCUUAAACCAGAAGGAAGUCAAUUGGAAAGAUACAAUAUAACAUCAGAACAUUUAAAUAAGUUAACUAUAGAUAUUUCUACUUUUGUACUGACACCUUAUAAAAUUAAACCUUUUAUUACAUAAAACUCGGUAGUUUUGAUACUGGUAAUCCUUUCAUGUAGCAUGUGGUAUAUGUGAUGUGUUUCUAAAACUGCAGUCAUUGACAACUUUGCAAGUUUAGUGUUAGAUUGUUAUAGAAUUGUUUUUAUGUUCAUAACAGUUCUUAAAUUAGGUUAGUGGUAAUGGGAUUUGGGUUGGGGAACAACAAAACUGCAGAUUGAUUGUUAUUACUUCAGUGAGAAGUACCAUAGUUUUAAGAUUUGUAGUUCUUCAGUUAUGUACCUAAUGGUAUAGAGAUGUCUGUAAGAUUGGUAUCUUUGUAGAUCUUAGAUAUGAUAUUCUUAUUUGAUACUUAUUUACUGGUUGCAGUUUUGGAAACUCCAAAAUGAAUAUAUUGUUUUAGAUUUUUGAAGGCUUCAUAAUAUGGUAACCAGUGAAAAUGGAAUAAUAAUCCCAAGUGGAAUAGUACACAAUAUUUUUCUAUUGUUAAGAAUGGAAAUCAAGGUUCUUGAUUAAUUUAUUAAUAAAGAGAACAAUUUGAUUCCACAACAAAUAUAAUUGUGUUCACACUUAGUUUCUUUUAAUUGAUAGAUAGAAUCGAGAAAUGUUAUAUGUAGUGCUUUUCAUUUUUAAAUUUUAAGAGAAUCUUGUCUUCAGUCUGAAAACAUUCUUAGCUGCAGAUUAAUAGAUCUAUUAAAGGCUAUGAAUAUUUUGUAAAUAUACUAAGAAAGCAUAUGAUUAUUAUUAUGUAACAUUUAUUGAAUUCUUUGAUAAAUAAAGAGCAUUUAUUUUGUAUUUGAA